AUGAAUGCAACCAACUCACCCGCACAAAAUAUCUCCUCCUCCUCCUCUUAUUCGAAUUCCACCGACGUUCUGAAAUACGAACGAAAGUUCCCAGCAUGGGGAAUCGGACCACUCUGUGGCUUUGUUGGAAUCUACAUUUCGUGUCUUUUCUGGUGUGUGGGUUGGGAGGCCUACCGUACAAGACCUAGUUCUUAUGGAACAAAUCAGGGAGAUGAAGAGAAUGGGGGAGGUGCGGAGGGAAUUGAAGGAUGA